GAAUGACGUGCGCUACCCUGUAUCUACUGAUAUAAAAUUUAUAGCAAUGGCACAGCUUCUUCGAUACCAGCCAACUUCGUGGCUUUUAGAGAAUCCGCUUGUCAUCUAGUGCGUCUAUUUCUCUACACAUUUCAGUAAUCAAAACGCCAGUCUUGAUCGUCUAGCGUCAGUGAAUGGUUAAAAUUCGAUUACUAUACAUAACAUAUGAUAAGAGAGAAUAUCUAGGUAGAAUAAUCGCAAAUUUCAAUGUAAAACACAAUAAGUUGACCGUCUAGUAUUGAAUAGUGGAGAGUGUUGUACCUUGGACCAUAAUGUACCUCGGACCGCUUCUUCAAUUUCACUAUGUGUCGAUGCAGUUUCCGUUCACCCAUAUCGCCGCUAGAUUACGCACGUGAAACCUACAGAUGGCGCCCAAAGUAAUUCAACCAGAAACGAAGUUCUCCGAAGUUAUUUCAUAUUCGUCGUUUAUCGAGUGUGAAAGUAAAUAAUAAACAAAUAAAAAUAUGUAAUCAUCUGCGUACUUUUAAAGGAUUGGUCAAAAAUGCCACGAAGCAAGAGUGGCAAAAAGCGUGAGAAAGUUGAUGCAGAAAAAUUGACACAACCUGUAGAAGAAUGCAUCAAUGAAGGUAUUGCCAUUCGAGAGGCAGUAAGGCGAUAUGGAGUAUCAAAAACAACGUUAAUUAGACCCAUUCGUAGUUUUAAAAACUCAGAAGCGGAAAGAUUUACAUACAGCACAAAAAUGAAUGUGAAGCAAGUAUUCUCGAGAAAUGAGGAGGAAUCCUUGAAAACUUAUUUAGUCACGGCUGCUCGUCUUCAUUAUGGGUUGACGAGGGUAGAGGUUAGGAAACUAGCCUACCAGUUUGCAUCAACCAAAGAGAAGCGGUAUCCUGUCAUCUGGGAUGAGAGAAAAAUUGCCGGCAAAGAAUGGUUACGACAGUUUAUGUCAAGGCAUACAGAUUUGUCUCUCCGAAAACCUGAGGCGACCAGUUUGGCGAGAUCCACGGCGUUUAAUCGAGUUAAUGUCACUACAUUUUUUGACAAUUACAAAAGUGUGUUGUCCAGAGGAACUUUUUCUGCACCGUACACGUUCCUCCUAAAAUUAUCAGUUCCAAAGGAGUUAAACAAGUUGGACAGAUGACAAGUGGUGAGCGUGGUCAAAACCUAAUUACCUAAACCAAAAACCGUGGAAGGCACUGCUCGGCGUAGCUCAUUAUUGUAUUUUGAGGUUAACUUUCACGGCUAUAAUGUCAACUAAUUUCUAAAGUGUUUGUGUAUUGUUACUCGUUAAAUAUUAAACCAAGUAUUACCGAUUUCUGUAGU